CGACUUGCGGUGACGCGGCGCCCGCCUUCGGCGCCAUCUUGCUGCCGACCGGGGAAGCGGAGCGGAGUACCGGGCCGGCCUCGCCAUGCCGCACUAUCAGGCCUGGGAGGAGUUCACGCGUGCCGCCGAGAAGCUCUACCUUGCCGAUCCCAUGAAGGUACGGGUUGUUCUCAAAUAUCGACAUUGUGAUGGGAACCUCUGUAUCAAAGUAACAGACGAUGUAGCUUGUUUGCUGUAUAGAACGGACCAGGCACAAGACGUGAAGAAGAUCGAGAAAUUCCACAGUCAGCUAAUGCGACUCAUGGUGGCUAAGGAAUCCCGCAGUGCUGCCAUGGAAACAGACUGAAUUGCUGAAAAUAAAAUGAGUGCUCCGGUCAUAUUUCACUGGAAGAAAAUAUCUCUUGGAUUUGAAUGAAUGCUGGGACAGGAGAUGCUUUUAUGUACCAAAGUGGACCGAUGACAAGGAUGAAGCAUUUCCCACCCCCCAGACUCCACUUUGGAAAACUAGGGAAAUAAAUGCUUUCAAUUGAAAGCUUAUAUUUAUUUUUGGGAAUUGAACAAGAAACUAUUCUUACACAUUAGGUAUGCGAAGAUGACAAGUAAAUACUUUAAAUAUACAGUACUUUAGUCUGAAUUUGAUGGGCCACAAGCAUAUUUCUGGAAAGUUACUAUAAAAUUUCAUAUAGAUUUCGUUGUGUUCAUGCCUUAUGCUGGUGUAUUCUCACAGUGAGAAGGGCUAUGAACCUGACUAAUACUGUAGCAUCAUGACUGGAUCUAAGAACUAUUUACAUAAGCACUAUACAUCAGAGGGUUUUAGAAGAACGGAUGUUUUCCAAACUGAAAUGUUAAAAUUGCCAAUUUGUAUUAGCACUGUCAAUAGCAAGAUUUUAGCUUUUAGUAUCGAUCUUGGUCAUAAGCUGCGCAACACUGUCUGUGAUGCGGUUUGCAGAACUGUUCUAUUGGAUAAAUCAAAAUUCUGUAUUUUAGAACAAAGUAAAACUUUGCUUGAAUAUUGCUACAGAUCAGUGAGAAACUGGGAGUUUCUUUUCUGCUUAUGCAAAUACUGUUAUUAAAAAAUAGCCAGUGGCUUUUUUCCGGUACUUGAACUAUUUUAUACCAGCAGGGAGGGACCUUUUCCUAUCCUUGCUACAGGCAGAGUUGAAGUAUAUCAGCGAGACAAAUUCUAGAAGCUGUUGCCUAUUAUGUUAAUAGAAAAAAUGCAACCAAACACUAUCCAGAUUCCUUAUUUUAGCAGCUUGCUAACUGUGCAUUUUUAAAUGUUACAUGUGGCAGAUGGAUGUCAGCCAACUGAAUAAAUGGAUGAAAACCAGCUUAAUAAAUACUUAAAUACCACUGUCAAAAAUAGACCAAUGCUCCUGUGGCUUAGACUUGUUUCUUAUUGUUACCUCUGGUAGGGUGAUGGAAGCCUUAAUUGUCCUUUGCAAAGGCUUUUUGCUUCAAAACCCAGUAGCUGAAAUUGAUACUUGCUUUGACUAGAUCUUGCAUACUUACAACCAGAUGAAUGUUUUAAUGUAAUUAUGCUAUUGGUAUAACUAGGCUUUUCCAGCACUAAUGUUUUGUGUUAAACCAAGCCACAAAAGUAAAGCGGAGCCGUACAAAGACUUGUCUGUAGUGGCAUUUAUGUAUAACAAAACAAUCUACUUAAAUAGCUACCUGCUGUCACUUACAUAAAAAUAAUUGAUCUACUCAGAAGCGGUGGAGUUCCCACAUUUGCCAAGAGCUCUGGGAAAAAAAACCCAGGCUUGAAUAUUGCAUUAGAGUACCCUUGCAGCUGAGCAUGGAAUGUUGCAUAUUGUUGGAAAAUACUGCAGUCCUAAAUUCCCAGUGGCUACUCAAAUACUAGUCUACAGGAGUGACUGGUACACACGUAACGCUUUUCUUUUUGUAUUGCCUUUUGAAAUACAAAUAAAUCCUGAGAGAGGGCUAAACUUUGUUCAUAGUUAAACUUUAAUAAGAUACUCUAAUGCUGAAAGUUUUUCUUGAUGCUCCAAAUCAUUAUCUUAAUAUUUUCAAUCUAGUAUAUUAGAUAAUUAAGCCAUUUUUGUCUAAAGCACUGUUCUGCAGUAUGAAUGGUUGCUACACAAAGUCAUACAAACAAAGAUUUAAGCUAAGUUAGGAGGUGAAAAAGCUGCAGCUAUUUCAGUAUGAUUUUUGGCCACCUCUUAUCCAUUGGUUUGGCAUGUAGAUGUCUUCUGUGAGCUGAGGGACAGAAAGGCUUGAGUGGCGUGAAGGAUAAAUGGAGAAGAGUGUAAACAGACUUGGUGUACCAAGCGGAGGAUGUGUUGUUAAGCUUAUUCUCCAUAUACUUGCAGAAAAACUAGGGCGGUUCUGUGCAUAAUACACAAGAAUACUGAUAAAGCUACUGCUUUUAAAUUAAAAAAAAAAAAAAAAAAAGGUUUUUUUAAUUUAAAAAAAAAAAAAAAAGGUGCUUCUUGACUUUGUCCUGGAAUUUUCAGCAACUCCAAUACUGUAUUCAUGGGGUGGUAGAAAAGCUGUGAACUCAAAAGCUCUGCUUCUUUUGUGCUUAUACUCUUGUUGAGAGUGCGUGUGUGCGUAUGUACGCUGAUCACUUUCCAAAUAAACUUUCCAUGAGUUAGUCCAUCA